CCUCUCAGUAGGAACAGUGCGGAGUUGUUGACACAUCAAGAUGGUUCAAGUGGGAUUAUUGUUAGUGAUGGUAAUUUCUGUUGUGGCUUACAGGGAAAUCGAGUUUAAAAACUGCAAAACUGCUACCGGAUCACUCACAUGUAAGGUGAAAAAUGUGAAGAUAAAUGGUUGCAUGGAGCCUUCUACAUGGGUUGACAAGGAUGGCUUUGUUAUCGAAUAUGUAUCUGGAAACGUGAAGAACCCAUGCGGAAUCGACACUACUUCUACACUCAACUUCAGCAUAACAUUUGAACCAGGCUACAACAUCGACACAGUCCGGUCCCAGUUCACCGUGCCGGACAUGCAAGACUGUUGGCGUAUCCAGGACGAUGCCAAGUGUCCUGUUGACAUCGGUCCGGAAUCCGGAUGCUCUCACACCAAAUGUCCCCUACAGUCCGGACGGCAACAACGGUACGAGACCUCCUUGUUCGUCAAUCCAGAAGUUGCCAAGAGACCCAUCAACGACAGGAAGAUUUAUCAGCUGAGGUGGAAACUCUGGAACAACAAGGACAAGAAACACAGCUGCUGUUUCAACAUCCCAAUACAGUACUAACAUUGAGUGGACCAUUGUAAAUCUGCUGUUUCUCAAACAUGUUAUCAUGGAUAUACAAAUUAAAUAUAUUUGAAAUAAAUACUCAUUUAAUUAUA